AUGUCAUUUACAAGUAAAGAGCUCAACUACCUAAUAUGGCGAUAUUUCCAAGAGGCAGGGUAUGACUUGUCAGCAUAUACAUUUGAUCGACAGUCGCAGUGUCUGGGUUACGAAAAUGACGACAAUGUGAAAAUUAUCGACAAGAUACCACCGGGCUGCCUCGUUGAACUCGUUCAAAAAGGAAUUUUAUACACAAUUGCAGAGACUGAGGCUGGCUCCAAAGCCAAAGAAGAAAGUGAAUAUACAUUUCUUGCGUCACUAGUACAGAAUGAACUUGCAAAUAUAAACACAGAUACGAACUCACAACAAAGUGUUAACCCCAGCAACAUCACGAAAAGUAUCACUAAUCACCAAAACCAAAACCAAAACCAAAAUCAAAAUCAAAACCAAAACCACAUUCAGGGUCAGAGCCAAGAGAAGGGUCAAAAUAUUGUGAGCUCAUUAGAGUCGAACAAUGCAUCAGCAGUCAAGUCCGAGUCUCAUGUAGGAAGUAAUGGGAAGCCAGAAGGUGAUAUUGAGAUGCAAGAUGUAAAUGGUGACCUGCUGAAUAAACCAGCAAAUGAAGGCCUAGUUCUAGAACCACAAGAUUCGACUCCUAUCAACUUUGAAACUAGCGAAUUAAAACCAACAGUGAAAUUUGUUCCAAGUAUCACCAGCUCGUGGCAUCCUUCGACAUCAAUCUUUGCCUACGGGAAACUAGACGGAAGAGCUAUAUGCAGCACAUUGAAGGAUGACAGCAUAAGCGAGUCUAAAGAAUUAGCACACCCAGAUUUGCCGGACUUUAAAAACGAAAUUAAUAUGGUUUCGUGGUCACCUUUGGGAGACUUGCUUAUCACAGCUGGUGCAUACAGCGAGUUGCGAGCGUGGUCGCCUGAUGGAAGAUUGCGGAACAUUGCUAACUCUGCAAAUGCCUUAGUACAAGACCUUGCUGCAGAGCAUAAAGUCAAGAGGAGUGCGAUUACCAAUAUUGUAUGGAGUCCGAAGGGAAAAUUUGUUGCUACUGUUGACAGCGAGAAUCAAAUGAACAUCUGGGAUGGACAAACUCUUAAACUGAUACGACUGAUGAAUGGUGUGAAAGAUUUGAAUGGCGAAAAAGAUCCGCAAGUCAUUAUUUGUUGGUUUAGUGAUGACAAAUUUGCAAUAUCGAGUAAUGAUAACCACGGCAUGAAUAAUAGCAAUACCAGUAACAUCCACACGAUAGAGGUGUUUGAAAUACGUCCACCACCGUAUGGGGCUGGAACACAUGAGGUGCAGGCUGUUGGGUUUCUUGAAGGACACGAAAACCAGAUUCUGGUUCUCAAAGUUAGCUCCGAUUCCUCCAUGCUCUUAGCUUCAUGUUCUGAUUUUGACUACAAGAUAAAAAUUUGGGAUGGUGCCUCAUCGAAAGCAAGCCUCACAUUAAAUGUAAAGUCCGAGACUGAGGUCCCCAGUUUUGUGAUGCACGCAGCUCCAAUUAUUGAUUUAGCAUGGAUCAAAUACAAAGAACUGAGUGUUCUUUUAUCAAUUUCCAUGGAUGGUGUGUUGAAUGUUUGGGAUCCUCAAACGGGUAAGAAUAUCAAGAGCUCACAACUAUAUAUUAAUCUCGAAAAUUUCAGUGAAUCUCAGCGCGCAAAUUUUACGGAUGCUGCAAAGGACCUGUUGCUACUUAAUUCUUCAUUAGCACCCUCUGGUGACUUUCUUGCAUUGGGAGACGAGUUAGGUCGAAUAACUGUUUGGGAAACAAAGAUUGACACAUUCACUUUACAAAACCGCAGUUUUAUGAAAUGCGUGGCAAUUUACGAUCCACAGAUUCCAGAUUCUGGAACAAAAGAGACCAUGGGUAUAUGCGAUUUGAAAUGGGAUCAAGACUCACGGAAGUUGAUUGGUUCUUAUGUUGGACUGGACAGUGUAAUAUUGGAUGUGAAGUAA